AUGGCUAUGGGCAGGAAUCAGAGCAAUGGUGUGACUGAGUUCAUCCUGGCAGGCUUCCCCACUCUUCAUAGCAUGCAAACUGAGCUGUGUUCAAUAUUCCUACUAGUGUACCUGCUUACCCUAAUGGGUAACAUGGUGAUUAUAAGUGUGGUGGGAGCUGAUCCCCGCUUGCAGACUCCUAUGUACUUUUUCCUGGGGAACCUGUCAUGCUUGGAGAUCCUGAUCACUUCUGUGAUUAUUCCUAAGAUGCUGACUAACUUGUUUUCAGGCCAGCACACCAUCUCUUUUACUGCUUGCAUUGCUCAAUUCUAUUUUUACUUCUGCCUUGGAGCUUCUGAGUUCCUGCUACUGGCUAUCAUGUCUGUGGAUCGUUACCUGGCUGUCUGUCAUCCCUUGAGAUAUCCUAUACUGAUGCGUGGGGCCAUAUGCUUACGAUUAGCUCUGGUCUGCUGGGCAGGAGGCCUUCUCCCUGUGCUUGGUCCUACAGUGGUUGUGGCCUUGCUUCCUUUUUGUGGCCAGGAUGUGGUGAUCCAACACUUCUUUUGUGAUAGUGGCCCCUUGCUUCGCCUGGCAUGCACCAACACCAAACAACUGGAAGAGGUUGAUUUUGCUCUGGCCUCAGUAGUCAUCAUGGUCUCCCUUCUGCUUACUGCUACUUCCUAUGGUCACAUUGUUUUGGCUGUCCUUCGAAUACCCUCAGCUUCAGGCCGACAGAAGGCCUUCUCCACCUGUACCUCCCACUUGAUGGUGGUUACGCUCUUCUAUGGAAGUGCCAUCUUCCUCUAUGUCCGACCAUCACAAAGUGGUUCUGUUGGCACAAACUGGGCAGUGACAGUAGUAACUACUUUUGUGACACCACUAAUGAACCCUGUCAUUUACACCCUUCGAAAUGAACGAGUGAAGGUAGCUUUAAGGGAUAUACUUAAGAAGGGGUUAGCAACUUGUUCUGGGUUAAAAAACCGCCUAACCACAGAUAAUGUCUUCAGAGGGCGAUGUCACUUACAUCCAAUUCACCCACAAGUCAAGACAACACCCCGUCAUGUAAUUGAUUCUCUUCGAAACCUACGAACAACAGCAAAUGAAUUUCUGGUCUCGUCGGAUGAAAUGCACACUCGCUCCGACUGGACUUUUGAACACUUGUCAGAAGCUCCGCCUGUCUCCAGUAACUUGGAAAGGAAUCUGAAGCCAGAUGCUCUCUUCCUUGACCGUCUUGUGGAGAAGAAUAUGGAAGAGAAUCACUUCUGCAUGGGACCAAUAAAAUUUGGUGAAUAG